AUGACUGUUGCCAUCGGCAUCAACACACCCGCUACACCGUCUCCAAGACCUUCACUACCGAAUUUCCAAAAGAACGUCAGAAAACGUUGGCCCCCCAUGGCAAACCGCAACGCCCUCCCAUACAAGCUCACAGUCAUCUCCAAGGAGAAAUUGGCCCGUGAAGCCACUGCUCCCGACCCAGACCUUCGCCGCUGCGUGGCCCACUUCCGCAUUCACUGUGGCACCGUCCUCUGGACCGAAAAUGAUAUGAAAUCUCGCAUCAGCUCUUUCGAGUUUGAAGAGUCCGAGUCUGAAUCCGAAGAUGAUUUCGAGCACAAGAAGGAGGUAAUCAAGCCCCAACAAAAGUCACAAAGUACCUUUGUCACCGUUCAAAUUACACCCGAAGAUAAAGAGCCCCUUGUCACAUCAUCUGAGUACCUGCCUGCGGAUGGAAUCGCCAAAGAUCUUUGUGCGGUUUCAGUUCAACCUAUCGCUGCUUAG